CCAUUUUUCAAUAUGGCUGCUAUUCCUUCAUAAAGUAAUCGGAUUCUUCGCAUACGCCCUAAAUCUUUAUAUUACCUUUCAUUUCUUGAAUACUUGUGAUUUUUGAUACAACCGACUUUUAAUCAGUGAAAGUUUCUAUCAAUAAAACUAAUUAAAUAGUUAUAAUUUCAUUGGAAUCAUCAACGUUCACAUAAAGUUUCCGGCAGAAAAAACAAUGGCGAAAAAGCCAGCUGCUACUCAGGUUUUACAUAAAGUUAUUAUGGUCGGAAGUGGAGGUGUAGGAAAAUCAGCACUAACACUUCAAUUCAUGUAUGAUGAGUUUGUAGAGGAUUAUGAACCAACAAAGGCUGACUCAUAUAGGAAGAAAGUUGUGUUAGAUGCUCAGGAAGUACAAAUAGAUAUUUUGGAUACUGCUGGACAAGAAGACUAUGCUGCUAUCAGGGAUAAUUAUUUUAGAAGUGGAGAAGGUUUUUUAUGUGUAUUUUCUAUUACAGAAGAUGAUAGUUUUCAAGCUACUCAAGAAUUCAGAGAACAAAUUCUGAGAGUGAAAAAUGAUGAAAACAUUCCUUUUUUAUUAGUGGGAAAUAAAAGUGAUCUUCAAGAAAAGAGAAAAGUUAGUUUAGAUGAAGCUCAGGCGCGAGCACAACAAUGGGGUGUACCGUACGUUGAAACAAGUGCUAAAACAAAAGCAAAUGUUGACAAGGUUUUUUAUGACUUGAUGCGUGAAAUCAGAUCUCGUAAAAUUGAAGAUAAAUCAGCGAGUAAUGGUCGUGGGAAGGAUCGUGCUAAAAGGAAGAAAAAGAAGUGCAUUAUUCUAUAGGUAUUUUAUGAUUUGAUGCGCGCAAUCGCAGCGCGAAAAGCGCAAGAGAACCAGAUUGAAGGAGCAGAACGUAAAAAUAAUAAAGGAUGUUGCGUUCUUCUUUAACAAGCAUUAAACAACUUUACCUUUUAUUUUGAACAAAAAAGUAGGUUAAUGAUAAUAUUUGGUAUAUAAUAUAUAAUGUACGUCCAGAUAAUGCGCUUUGUAACAUGCUGGUGUUCAAACCCUUUACAGUGAGUUGACACUUAUUCCAUUUUUAUGACUGUAUCAACAGUUUGUACUCGAGGGACCUACUACACGACUUGAUUCAGGAUGAAAUUUUUUCAUAUAUUUUAUAUUAUAAUAAUCUCUUAAUUCGUUAAAAGAUCUAUUUUUCUUUUUUAAUAAUUUUUCAUUUGUCAAUAAAACUGGAGCACCGGUGCUAUAAAAAUGCGCAUAACUUUUAAUUUUAAUUGUUAUUCAUAAUGACUACGGUAUUACACAGCGACUUGAUAAAUUGUUUAUAAAAUGCACAAAAUGAAAGGGAAUAUUUUCAUUUUCACAACAACUAGAGUGCUGAAAUGUGAAAAAAUGAACUAAUUUUAAAAAAAUAAAAUUAAUUUCGUUAAUAAUUAUUUUACUAAGUUUGUAAAUUAAUAAUUUUAAUGAGAAUAAAAAUCAUUUGGGUUAAUUUACGAUUUAAAGUACAUUUAUUUGUGAACCUUUGUGUAAAUUUCAGCACUUUAUUUGAUCUUAUAAAAAAAAAUGUCAGAACAUUGUAUAAUUGCUUGUUUAUGUUGGGUUCACUGCCUGUUGAGUUAAUUGUUGCUUCAUAAUUCUUUAUCACAAAUAUUUACUAAUAAGAAAAAUACAGUUAUUACAAUUUCAUAAAUUAUAUUACUGCAGUUAUGACUGAUAAUAACUAAGCUGCAGUUAUUAAUAAUGCAUCGAAAUACCUGUAUUAUUACAACAAAAAGGAACAAAAAAUUUUUUAUUAGAACUUGCUCAAGGAAUUUUGACUAUGUCAGACUAUUUGAGUUAAUCAAAUAUUUGGUUUUUAUAUUUUUGUACAUUCAUAUAGUUGGUCGUGCCUUUUCAGUACCUAUGCAAAUAAAUGAACAUAUUCUUUAAAUGGAAAUUUCCAUUAAUCUUUAGUUAUAUGAAACUUAAACACUUUUAUAGUUAGCUAGAAUUUCACAGCCCAUUAACUGGUUAGAUCAAUGUAUUAUUAUUAUUAUUAUUAAUAUUUUAUUUAAACUUUGUGUAAAGUUUUACACUUGAAAUGAAAUCUUAAAAGUGUCUUUUUUUAUAAUAAAUAUAAGUUUAAAAGUAUCUACAAGAAUACAGUCUAUUUUUUUACUUCAUUGAAGAUGUAUGUACAUGUCUAUUUACAGUUUUAUAAUAUUAAUGAAUAGUUAUUAUAUGUACAUUAUAUAUUGUAAUAAUAAUUAAAUGAUUGAUUUAUGUGUACUCGCAUAAAUGUCCACAUCCUGUGGGACAUUGUCGAUUAUUUAAAAACCAUUCUCUCAUGUGUUUAGUGUGCCCACCAUGAGUACAACCUUGGCACCAAGUAUAAACUCCACGAACAACCUGCAAUUCAUUUUAUGUGAUUAAUAUAUAUUACUCAAUAAAUGUAGAAUCGAUAAAUCAAUAAAAUCUAUACCUGGUGACAAAUUGAA